UGGUUACUCGGUGUUCUGAGUUUAGAUUCAGGACGUCUGUUUAUUCCAAACUGUCUGCAGCAGAAGCGGCGUUGGUGUAAAGAUGUCCAGCGGCUGGGGAGCAAAAGAUCAUAAGAACUACUCCAACCCUCCAAGCGCUGGGACCAAGCGACCUAGAAGCGACUUUGGGAACAAAGUCACAGUCGUUCUCGGAGCGCAGUGGGGAGAUGAAGGGAAGGGGAAAGUGGUCGAUCUGCUUGCAACAGAAUCUGAUAUAAUUUGCAGGUGCCAGGGUGGAAACAAUGCCGGUCACACAGUGGUGGUGGAGGGAAAGGAGUAUGAUUUCCAUCUCUUACCCAGCGGAAUCAUCAACCAAAAAGCCAUUUCCUUGAUCGGAAACGGUGUUGUCAUACAUCUGCCUGGCUUGUUUGAAGAAGGUGAUAAAAAUGAGAAGAAAGGAUUAAAAGACUGGCAAAAAAGAUUGAUCAUUUCAGAUCGAGCUCAUAUUGUGUUUGAUUUUCACCAGAAAGUGGACGGGCUUCAGGAAAUUGAGAGACAAGAACAAGAUGGGAAAAACAUUGGAACUACCAAGAAGGGAAUUGGGCCGACAUACUCCAGUAAAGCAGAGAGAACUGGCCUCCGGGUGUGUGACCUGCUUGCUGACUUUAAGGAUUUCUCUUCAAGAUUUAAGCAGUUGGCCCUGCAGCACCAGUCUAUGUUUCCUAGUCUGGAGGUAGACAUUGAUGGUCAACUGAAAAAACUAAAGGACUAUGCUGAGAGAAUACGGCCCAUGGUGAGGGAUGGUGUCUAUUUCAUGUAUGAAGCUAUUCAUGGACCUCCAAAGAAAAUCCUAGUAGAAGGUGCCAAUGCGGCCUUGCUUGACAUUGACUUUGGCACAUACCCGUUUGUCACCUCGUCCAACUGCACCGUGGGAGGGGUGUGCACUGGCCUGGGGAUCCCCCCACUCAACAUCGGGGAGGUCUACGGGGUGGUGAAAGCUUACACCACACGUGUGGGCAUUGGAGCUUUCCCCACAGAGCAGAAUAAUGAAGUUGGAGAACUGCUACAGACCAGAGGCCAUGAAGUGGGCGUGACCACGGGCAGGAAGAGGCGCUGUGGUUGGCUGGACCUCGUCAUCCUGAGAUACGCAAACAUGAUUAACGGCUUCACUGCUUUAGCUUUAACAAAACUGGAUAUCCUGGAUGUUAUGGAUGAGAUUAAAGUGGGAAUUGCCUACAAGUUAAAUGGGAAGAGAAUUCCAUAUUUCCCAGCUAACCAAGAGGUCCUGCAGCGACUGGAGGUGGAUUAUGAGACCCUGCCGGGCUGGAAGAGCGACACCACCACUGCCAGGAAGUGGGACGACCUGCCGCCCAAGGCACAGAACUACAUCCGAUUUGUGGAGAACCAUAUUGGUGUUCCUAUUAAAUGGGUUGGUGUCGGAAAGGCCCGAGAGUCAAUGAUCCAGCUGUUCUGAAUACCCGUCUGCCUCCACUCGAUCAAGACCACGAGGCUCCCUGACAGCCUGCUCAACACACUGUAGUUCCAAGUGAUGUUCAUGGUGAUGCAUAAAUAGUGGAAAUCAACUGAAUCUUUACUAGGCAAUAUGAGUGGUGACACUUUAAAAAGAGACAAAGGUGUGGUCUGAGGUUUUAACUAAAAGCCAUACCCUUUACUGGCAUCUGUACUGUUUUCACUGCAAUUGAAUUUCUUACACGUUUUUGAAAUUAUAGGGAGAUAUUGGACACAUAAUUAAAAAGCUUACUGAAAAUUCCGUGUUUUUGUGUACCUUUUAAUGGUAUUGUUUACUUCUCAGAGAAAGUCAAUUCUGAAUUGACAAAACAUGGGGUCGGAUUCAAGAAGCAAAGGGUUUUAACUGAAAUGAAUAAUUCUGAAUGAAUAAUCUUACCUUCCAUUCAUUAACUCACAGGUGUAGUUUUGAAAGGAACAUAAGAUUUACCUAAGAUAUAUUUCUGUUUAAAUUAGCACUGGUAAUUAUAGGUUUAAGAAACUCAAGUGCACAUGUAACAGACUAACUGAAAGUAAGGCAUGCAAACUGAGAGCUUUCUUUAACCUAGGAUAGCAACAGACCUCUCCUUAAGGUAUGCAAACUACACCUUGAACAAACAGUUUUGAAUAAUUAGGGUGCUCUUGUAUUAUGUGUAUCUGUUUGGCGUUACUUACUUCAAUAGGCAUCCCGCUAUUUUGAUUUACUGUAUGUAUUACAUUGUAUGUUCUAAAGUGUAAAGGCUAAGAAGUAUUGUGAUUGAACUGCAUGCUGUCUGAAUGCAUUUAUACUACAGUGCCCAUCCUUUCUCCAUCAGGAAAAACAGAAUCAAGCAGCUAACUUUUUCUAAUAAAGUAAGAUUAACCU